AACCUUUUUAUUCUUACCAAAAUGACCAUAUGAGCUGCUAUAUUACAUCAUAUAGAAAUACUAAUCAUGCAAUGUUAUUUUUUAUAUCAAUUGCAGCAACAAAAGCAUAAAAUUGUGAGGAGGAAAAAGAAGGAUACAUAUGAUGAUUUUUUUGAUCAUGAUGAUUUGGACAAGCUGCCACCCAAUUUGCCUCCACCACUUAAGACGUUGGCCACAUGGGCUAAUGAUAACUUAAAGGAUGGGAUCACCAUCCACACAACCUUAGGCGAGGAAUUAUUUGGAUAUCGAAAGAAGGUCGCCAUCUUCAGAAGGGAUGUGUAUGCCAUGACCAACAUGGAGGAGGUUUCUGCCGGCUGCGUUGUGAUGUAUAUGAGCUUCCUUUAUCAAGUGUUGAAGAAAUCGAAGAUGCUUGACAUGAUUGGCUUCGUAGAUCCUGCUAAUACUGGUGUCAUUGGCUGUGGAAAUCCGACUGAACGGGCUCGUUCGUUGUCAGUUUCUUAUGAAAGAGGGAAGCCUGGUCAGAUUUUUUUGGUCCCCUAUAAUUCAGGCUGUCAUUGGAUGUUGACGGUGGCGAACCCCACUGAAGAAGUUGUGUAUUUUAUGGAUCCGCUAAAGAGGCGACUCAUCACCGGUGAAUGGAGAACUAUUGUGGACAACUCCAUCAAAAUAUUCAAUGCCCAAAAACAUAGGAAAGGCCGAAAGACUGUUCAAUGGAAAAACUGUGCAGGCAUUCCGGAGCAGAUGGGUGAUAAGACUUGUGGAUAUUGGAUUAUGCAUUACAUGAGGGAUAUAGUAGAGGACAAAAACCAAGAGUGGAGUGCUAAGUGGGAAAGAAAAGCAAAUCACUAUUACACAAUGGAGAAUGUUGAUGUUGUCCGGGCAGAGUGGGCAAAGUAUGUUAUGAAGUUCAGAGAUAACUAGUGCAUGUGUAGGUUUAUUAACUAGUGCAUCAACUUUUGGACAUGGAUAGUUGAUAUAUAUAUAUAUAU